ACUAAUCAUUGCAAUUGUGUGUUAACAAUCACAACUCUUCACUAACCAAUGUAAAGUUAGCGAAGUUACCAAAAUAUGCAAAAGUAAUGUUACAGAAAGGCUGCAAGCAUAAUUUCACUGAGAGAGUAUAAGUUGAUAAAAUCAUUGUAUGGGCUUAAGCAAGAACAUAAGAAGUGACAUCACAGAUUUGAUGAGGUUGCCUUAUCAAGUGAUUUCAAGUUAACUAGUAUGCCAUGUGUUUAUGUAGAAAAUUGACGAGUCCAUUAAUGAAAUAUCGUUUGUUUGUAUGUUGAUGACAUGUUUAUCUUUGAUACUGACUUCAUAAAAGUAAAGCUUACAAAAACAUAUUAUUGUCAUCAAGUUUUGCAAUGAAAGACAUAAGGGAGGUGGAUGUGAUUCUUGAAAUUUAAAUCACAUGCAUGCAAAAGCCCAGUUGCGACACCUUGACAUUAAAUAUUGUGUUGUAUGUGAGUUGAUCAUUCACCGGGUGAUUACCAUAAAGUUUGUUUGGUCUGAAUGUAAUGUACCAGAUCAGUUGACGAAAUGAGUUAGAAGGUUGGUAGCUAAGUGUGUUAAAUAAAUUAGUUCAAAAAAUCCAUUUAAAUUUUUAAUUGUGGAAUACCCAAUUUCCUUCUAAUACAACAUUAGAGGCUGAAUUCAAUGUGGAAACCAUAUAUGAAGCAUACGUUUAUAUCAUCCCAAGGUACGUGUUUGGACAUGUAUGUUGAAAUGUUAUUCUUAAUAGAUACCAUGAAAAAUUGCAUUUGCAUGAUUAAAAGUAUUUACAAAUAUGAGUGUGAAGUGAUGAUGCUUCAAUAAGUUGGGACUUGGCUUUGUAUACAUUCAUGAAUGGAUAAUACACAUGACUUAUAAUAGUGUCGAGUAAACACUUAGCGUAGUGUGGAAAUACGUAUGUAUUAUCUUCAUGUGCCCAAAAUGACUUAUAAUAGUAUCGAGUAAACAAGUAUUAGAAUAUUGUUUCAAAAAAAAUCUUAGAAAUUUUUAUUUAUGCACGAGUUUAAUAUAUGUAUUAAUUGUUUAUUGAAUAUGUGAUUCCAGUUAAAUAAGAAAAAGAUUGUUGGAAAUUUAAGUAAAUUCUUGCAACCGCUUGAGUUAAGCAUUGCAAUUUUUUAGAUUAAGAUCAAUUGCAAUUUUUUGUGCUUGUAACUAUUAGUCAUAAAAUGUUACAAUUUUUGGUGAUAAACCAUUGCAAAUGUGGAUGUUUUGAGCCAUUAUGAUUAACAUUGUGACCUUUUGGUUAACUGUUCCAGCUGUUGGUGUUAAGAAUUGUAAUUCUUGGUGAUAAUAAUUGUAACUCUAACCACUAUAAUUGUUAAUACUAAUCAUUGCAACCCUUUAUAAUUUAUUUAAAAAGUUGUGGGUUUUGGUAAAUCAUAACUUAAUAACAAUAAGAAAUCAGAAACUAUCGGUUAGAUAAAUAGAAUGUUCAUCAUUCAAAGAUAAUCAAAUAUUUUUGAAGAAACACAUAUACACUAAAACUCUAUUUGUUAAUAUUCUAUCCUACCUUACAAAAAAAAAGAGAUUUUGAUUGUUUUAUCAUACAAAAUGAUACGUGUAAACCGAAAGCUUCGAGUAUAGUCGAAAUGCUCUUGAACAAAAAUAAACUCGAUGUGAUUCAGUCAUUAUCCACAAUUUAAAUAUAUAAUUAGUAUUUUUAAAUUGCAUUUAAAAUGAAUAUCACUCCCCCUGCAAACCGCAGGGUCCAAAUCCUAGUGUUAAUAAUAACUGUACCACCAAUAAAGAAAUAACGGGUGUUAUAAGUUUCCCAUUAAGACCUCAUGUUAAAUGAGAACCCCUUCUCCAUACUCUUUUUAUACUUUUUUAAUUUUUUAUUUUUUUUUUGUGUGAAAAUUCCAUAGAUAAAUCAUCAACAGAGAUGCUUUAAGAAGUCCAUGCACUUUUCUAUAUGGUUGGAAGGAUAGAAACUCCUGCAGGCUUGAAGACUACUCCAACGGUUAUCUUCAAACAAAUGAUGAUUCACCCAUCUUUUUUUUAAAGGUUAUCUUGAAUGAUUUUUGGCCCUAGAUUGUUACUUGAAAAUGUAAUUGCAUUCUAACCAAACACAGUGAAAAAUAACAACAACAAAAAAAACCUCACGUGGUCGGAUAAAUUAUGUACACCUCACUUGUUUUUACUAGGCCCUGUUUAGGUUUUAAAAACAUGUCUUAGACCACUUGUAAUGUUGUACAGGAUAGUCUACAUUCAUAAACAAAACACGAAAGUAGACAAAUAAUUAGAUCAGAAUUGAUCACUAAAUUUGACUCUGAGGUCGCAAUAAUAACCGUAAUAUAAACCAAAUCUGUGUUCAUUUCUAUUCAUCCGCUUUUUUCCUUUUCUUAGAAUUGUCAGAGAAUUAUGAGAAUGAUGGGGUUUUCCAUGUAUCUUUUUGUUCUUCUUGUCUUAGGUUUUGGUCUUGCACAAAAUCCGUCAGGAUUCACCAGUUUAACUUGUGGUGCUCCGAUGGGAACUAGCUUCCUAGAAAAAGCAACAAAUAUAACAUACAGCUCUGAUGCGCCUUACAUCGAUACCGGCAUUGGCAGGAGCAUCAAAUCAUCGUACCAGAGCAAAUCAGAGCAACAAACAUGGUACCUCCGGAGUUUUCCACAGAGCUCUAGAAGCUGCUAUACCUUCAACCUGACCACAGGCGAUAAGUAUCUGAUCAGGGCCAUUUUCUUCCAUGGUGGUUAUGACACAAGACCCUCUACUAAGUUCGAUCUCCACCUCGGGCCUAACAAAUGGGCGACAGUUUCAACCGCCGAGGAGACCAAAUCUGAAACCUUUGAAAUCAUACACAUAUUGGCCACUAGCAGGUUACAAGUCUGUCUCGUCAAAACAGAGGAUUCAACGCCAUUCAUCUCCGCUAUAGAGCUGCGUAAACUCACCAGCAAAGCGUACGCGAACGAGUCGGGGUCCUUGCAGACUUUCUUGAGAGCAGACAUUGGCUCCUUCUCUAAACAAUCUUUAAGGUACGGAUCUGGUGUCUAUGGAGCAGAUGUCUUUGAUCGUAUUUGGCUGCCAUACAACUCCGAAAACUGGUCACAGAUUAGAACCGAUAAUAGUGUAGACAACGAUAAUGGAUUUAAGGUGCCAGAAAAUGUUAUGGCCACGGCCUCUGUUCCAACAGACCCCGACGCUCAUAUGAACAUUUCGCUAACCGGUUUGCACCAGACAUCACGGUUCUACGUCUGCCUACACUUCUCAGAGAUCCAAGAGCUCGGUCCCAAUGACACCAGAGAGUUUAAGGUGAUGUACAACGGAAGGCUCAUCAUAGAUCCCUUUAAGCCAAUAAGUUUCUAUACUAGUUCCUUUAUCGGAGAUGAACUCGGUCCGAACGCAAAUGGACAGUGCACAUUUUCGCUUCAAAAAACUGCGAGUUCCACACUGCCUCCUCUGCUCAACGCCAUGGAGGUUUACAUGGUGAACUCGUUAUCGCAGAAUGAAACCGAUACAAAAGAAGUUGAUACGAUGAUAAACAUCAAGUUGAGUUGCGGCAUCAGUAAGGUUGACUGGCAAGGAGAUCCAUGCGUACCGCGGGAUUACAUGUGGUCUGGUGUUAACUGCAGUUACAUUGACAGUGAGCAACCAAAGAUCAUUUCAUUGAACUUGACUACCCAUGGCUUAACCGGGGAGAUACAGGAAUCCAUAUCAAACCUAAGUACUUUACAAGUUCUUGAUUUUUCUAACAACAGCCUGAUUGGUCCGGUCCAGGAAUUCCUAGCUCAUAUGACAAGUUUAAAAGUCAUAAAUCUGUCAAGCAAUUUGCUAUAUGGUUCAAUUCCUACUAGUCUCCUAGAUAAAGUGCAAAGAGGAUUGGUUUCACUGAGCAUCGAAGGAAAUCCUGGAAUAUGUUCCUCUGCUUCAUGCGCAACCACAAACAAGAAGAAGACGAAGACGAAAACCAUGGUUAUUGCAUCAGUUGCUGCAUCAAUAUUUUUGAUCUUAGUCAUUUUUUUAGUUAUCCUCAAGAGGAGAGCCAAGCUUGGUCGUUAUCCCAAUUCAGAUGAUGAUGAUAAUAAUCUUCAGCAGUGCAACAAUCAAAGUAGCUUCUCAGAAAUGGCAAACAACAUGUUCACGUAUGAAGACUUGGCGCAAGCGACCGAUAACUUCUCCAAUGUCAACCUCAUUGGCCAAGGCGGGUUUGGUUAUGUUCAUAAAGGAGUUCUUCCCGAUGGAACGGAGGUUGCGAUUAAGCAGCUUAAAGCUGGAAGCAGACAAGGGGAACGGGAGUUUCGGGCAGAGAUAGAGAUUAUAAGUAGAGUCCAUCACAGGCAUCUUGUGUCCCUCCUUGGUUACUGUGUAACCGGAACUCAAAGAUUGCUUGUCUAUGAGUUUUUGCCCAAUAAAACACUGGAGUUUCAUUUGCAUGAAAAAAGGAGACCAUUUGAUUGGUCAAAGAGGAUGAAGAUUGCUUCAGGAGCAGCUAGAGGAUUGGCAUACUUACAUGAAGAUUGUAACCCUAAAACUAUACACCGUGAUGUAAAGGCUGCUAAUGUUCUUAUCGAUGAUAGCUACGAGGCAAAGUUAGCGGAUUUUGGACUCGCCAAGUGUUGUUUAGACAAUGAUACUCAUGUUUCUACUCGGAUCAUGGGAACAUGCGGAUACUUAGCCCCUGAAUAUGCAUCUUCUGGGAUAUUCAGCGACAAAUCAGACGUCUUCUCAUUCGGAGUUAUGCUUCUGGAACUGAUAACUGGACGCAGGCCUGUUGGUAAAUCACAUCCGUUUGCCAAUGAAGAAAACAUCGUUGAUUGGGCAAAGCCUCUUAUGUUACAAGCCUUAAACACUGGAAACUACCAUGGUCUUGUUGACCCGAGACUGGAGAAAGAUUUUGAUAUUAGCGAAAUCAAGAGAAUGGUUCUCUGCGCUGAUGCUUGUGUCCAACAUUCAGCAAAGCACCGACCAAAAAUGAGCCAGAUAGUUCGAGCAUUUGACAAGAGCAUAUCUCUAGAUGACCUAAUCCAAGGGGUUGCUCUAGGAGACACCACUAGUUACAACUUAGACGGGAGCUCAGAUUAUACCUCAAUGGAGUACAAAGAAGACGUGAAGAAAUUCAAGAGAUUGGUACUUGAAAGCCAGACAUUUGGUAGCAGCGAUUUGACCAGUGACAAUGGUCAGAGCUCAUCAGGCUCCUUCUGCAUCAAAUCUGAGACGUAGGAGACCCAAAUAAUUGAAAUAUAUACACAUUUUUAUCCAAGCCACGUGAAUGGAAACUGACCAAUAAUGUUUUAUACGUAUAUUUUUAUUCCGACGAUGUCAAGAAUGCCUUUGCAAGGUGUUCUCAUUUGUUAUAUCGAGAGUUUUAUCAAUAUUUUUCUUGCAAAACCAUUUAGAUUAAAGAAUUUACAAUAGAUAUAUAUCACAAAAAUGUUUGAGAAAUUGUGUUCUCUGUACAAGAAUAAUUGCAUAAUUUGCACAAAUAAAAAAGUCAUUAUUUUUUACUGUAUAUUUUUAAUUAAUAUCAAUAUACUACUAUUGUAUUAUUAGAAACAAAUACUCUAAAUGUAUAUUGGCGAUAGAAUUAAUGCUCUUUGUCUCUCUUUUCUCUUCUUCUGGACAAUCUCUCUUCUUUCUUUUUGUUUCUGUUUUUUUUUUUUUUUUUUUUUUUGCUUCUAUAAAAAUUGUAAUUCUUAUGUUAAUUUCACUUAACAAACUUUAACUUUGGUUUUGAUCGGUGACAUCCGCUGCUAAAAAUAACUCCACAUCUUCUUAUACGAGCAAGAAUCGCAGCAUCACUGCACAAUCACGCCGUCCCUCUCCGUGGAGUCAGACCGUCCGCGGCGAAUAAAAGCCUACGUCCGCUGUAGACGAGAAAUCAGAGGAAUCUAAUGGUCAUUACACAUCGGUCAAUGCAAGGAAGAAACCAGUUUGGAAAAGGAGAGAUAAUUGGGCUUAUGAGCCUAUCAUGGUAGCUCCCGUGUGGCAUGUUCUUUCUUAGACCACCAAAGCUCUUCCCAACAAGUCUUCCUACGAUUCUUUAGAAAGCCUCUGCGUUCUGUCAAUUUUUUUUUUUUUUUAAUUAAUAAUUGAUAUCACUUAAAUUACUUUAAGGAGUGAUUUAUACUCUCUCAAAUAAGAUGUCGAGUUGUAGUACUUAGGGAUCGAAUUCACAGGGAGCUAGGAAACCAAAUAAAUCUAAUCAGUUUGAUUAAGCUAGGCUAAUGUUUAUAAAGCAGUAAAUAAUUAAUGCAAAGCAAUAGAUAAAUCAUUAAACAAGUUGAACAAGAAAAUUAUUCAGCUUGGCAAAGAGUUGUUUGAUGGAAGGAUGGUUGCUAGAUUUAGGGUUUCUAUUCAGGAGAUCAGGAUAAUAAUCUUACAGAUACCUAAUGUGUUGCAUGCAUGAUAAUGUAAAGCUCAACUAUUUGAUCAACAAGCCAAUCAGCUCUCGCAUGUAUUGAAUUGUCGUAUUUUGAUCAAUAGAACGUGUAGAUCGAUAAUCCUAUAGGAAUAUCGAUCGAUACACCUUUUGCUCCGUCGAUCGAUUAUUCAACUGUGAUAUCGAUCGACGCGCUCUAGUCAAGCUUUAUGCGCGGGCUGAA